UCACACACUUUUCUGGCUACUAGGUUCUUUUUUUCUUUUCAGCCAGUUCUUUAUUUCUUUACAGCCAGUUCGCUAUUUCUUUACGACCAGUUCGGCUGAAAAUUUUAAAAUAAUCCAUGGUGCGAUUUAGACCACCAGGAUCUGUUUUGGAACAAAGUGCAGCAUGGAUAAACCUCUAAGUCAAGCCGACGUCGCCGCGAUGGAGACCCAGCUCAGAGACUCCGUGGAGAAAGACCGCGGUUACUGGAGAGUGAAUGACGUUAAGUGCGACGCCAUACACACCGCCAAGACUUACGAGGAGUUCGCUGACCGCGUAGCUGCAGCCCAUUUGCGACCUCUAGAGAAGAAGGAUUACAAAGCUAAGAAGAACGGCUGGAACCAGUACGCAGUUGAAGAAAAGGAAUGUGAUUGAUCAGCUAAAAUAAUUUGUCAUAAUAAAAUGCAUUAUACUGUCACAAACGCUUACGCAUACGAUCUUUCAGUGAUACGGUGUAAAACUCUUUAGUUAAAAUAUAAAUUAAUUGGUUUUUUAAA